AUGCAGGCUGACCACGCAGACACCGACGCCAUCGACUACUCGGACCUCGAGGCAAAGUAUGCCACCGAGUACGUCUCGCCCCUCGACUCGGUCGUCAUCCUCGACGGCGCGCCCAUUGUCGGCCAGGACAAGGUCGACCGCCUCUUGAAGGCCGUCGUAAAGGCUGCGGCAAAGGAGGCGGGCGUCUCGGUCUCGACACAGCAGAUCGAGAUGCCCCUCGACGAGCAGGGCCAGUCCAAGGGCUUCAUGUUCGUCUCGCUCGACAACCCGACAGAGGCGCAGGCCUUCCAGCGCGCUCUCCACGGCCACGCGUUCGACAAGCGCCACACCUUCUCCGUCGUCCCCUUCACCGACGUCGAUUCGUACGCCAACCUCGACGAGGAGUUCCACGAGCCGUCGAAGGAGGACUGGGCGCCGAGGGAGCACUUCCGUGCAUGGCUCGCCGACCCGGCAGGCCGCGACCAGAUGAUCCUCCACGUCGGCGACGACCUCCGCGUCUCGUGGACCGGCAAGACGGGUGUCGCAGAUGUCGCUCACCAGCGUAAUAAAUGGACGGACCUCUUCACCCAGUGGUCGCCGCAGGGAACGUACCUCGCCACGAUCCACUUGCAGGGCGUUGCGCUCUGGGGCGGCGCCUCGUUCGAGCGCAUCAACCGUUUCGCGCAUCCCGAGGUCAAGCUCAUCGACUUCUCGCCCUACGAGCGCUACCUCGUCACCUGGUCUCCCCGCCCGAUCGAGCCCUCCAACUCGCCUCUGUCGCCCUUCACGGACGAGGAUGCCGGCAACAACGUCGCCGUCUGGGACGUCGUCACGGGCCAGCUUGUCCGCACCUUCCCGAUGGUCGGCGUCUCGUCUGACCCGGCAAACGAGCUCAACAAGCGCGUCACCUGGCCCAUGUUCAAGUGGUCGCCGGACGAAAAGUACGCUGCGCGCGUCACGCCCGGCCAGCAGAUCUCCGUCUACGAGACGCCCUCGCUCGGCAUGCUCGGCAAGAAGAGCAUCAAGAUCGAGGGCGUUGUCGACUUUGAGUGGGCACCGAUGAACGACCGCGAGCGCGAGGCGCUCGAGGCGGAGCGCAACGGCUCGGCCAAGCCUGGCUCGUUUGUCCGCGAGAACAAGAUCGCGUUCUGGAUGCCCGAGGUCAUGAACCAGCCGGCGCGCGUGUCCCUCAUGAACCUCCCCAGCCGCGCCAUCAUCCGGUCGAAGAACCUCUUCAACGUUCACGACUGCAAGCUGCAUUGGCAGUCGAACGGCGACUUCCUCUGCGUCAAGGUCGACCGCCACACCAAGACGGGCAAGACCAAGUACUGCAACCUCGAGCUGUUCCGCUUGCGCGAGAAGGACGUUCCCGUCCAGGUCAUCGAGAUGAAGGACACGGUGAUCGCGUUCGCGUGGGAGCCGGCAGGCCAGCGUUUCGCGCUCAUCACCUCGAACGACCCGUCGCUCGCCAACCCCACAAUCGGCCAGCUGCCCAAGACGACCGUCCACUUCUACGGCUUUGACCAGCGCAAGGGCGACUUCCUCCUCCUCCGGACGUUCGACGCCAAGAACGCCGCCGAGCAGAAGUACCUCAACAACGUGUACUGGUCGCCCAAGGGCCGCCACUGCCUCAUCGCGACGCUCGGAAGCACGACCAAGUUCGACAUCGACUUUUACGACAUGGACCUCGACCGCGACGAGUCGUCCAAGGCGCCCGAGAAGGACGCCGGCGAGGCCAUUCGCCUGAUCACCAGCGUAGAGCAGUACGGCUUGACUGACGUCGAGUGGGACCCGUCCGGCCGCUACGUCGCGACCUACGGCAGCAUGUGGAUGUCGUCGAUGGAGCCGGGCUACUCUAUCUGGGACUUCAAGGGUGUCAAGCUCGAGGAGACCAAAGUCGACCGGUUCAAGCAGCUCCUGUGGCGCCCCCGCCCGCCUACGCUCCUCUCGCGCGAGCAGCAGAAGCAGAUCCGCAAGAACCUGCGCGACUACUCUCGGCAGUUCGAGGAGCAGGAUCAGCUCGAGCUCGCGAACGAGAACUCGGAGCUUGUCGAGCGCCGGACGCGCCUCCUCGACGAGUGGAACGCGUGGCGGAGGGAGUGCCAGGACAUGCUCGAGCGGAGGCGGAAGGAGCUCGGCAAGCCUCCCAAGGCGUCGCUUGUCAAGGCCGAGGAGGCGGCCGAGGCGGACGAGGAGGUCGAGGAGUGGCAGGAGGAGGUCAUCGAGGAGAAGGUCGAGGUUGUCGCCUGA